AAUGCAGGUUAAUUAAUUUUGCCCUCUUUUAAACCCCCCACAAUUCUCUCAUUCUUCAUCAACACCUCUCCCAAUUUUUAUUUGUGUCUGAAUUUUCUCAUUCUCUUUAUUCUUAGUUUGAUCUGCAUAUACAUGGAUUCUCUUUCCUUUUUUGGCUUUUUGUUUGUGAUAUUUUUGAGUUUUCUAUGUUCAUCUCAAGGCUAUAAGUUCUAUGUUGGUGGCAAAGAAGGCUGGGUUUUAAACCCUUCUGAAUCAUAUAGUCAUUGGGUUGGAAGAAACCGCUUUCAAGUUAAUGAUACUAUUGUAUUCAAGUACAAGAAAGACUCAGAUUCAGUUCUGGUGGUUCACAAAGAUGAUUAUUUCAAAUGCAACAAGACAAAGCCAAUCCAUAAUCUAAAAGAUGGCCAUUCAAAGUUGAAAUUUACAAGAUCAGGCCCAUUCUACUUCAUCAGUGGACAAGAUGAUCAUUGUGAAAAGGGCCAGAAGGUGUUAGUUGUUGUGAUUUCUCCCAAUCAUCAUCACAUGAGCCAUAAAUCUCCGGUGGCACCAUCACCGGAAUCUGUUUCACCAGUUCCGGCUCCGGCGAAGUCAUCUGCAAGGGAUGUUAGUUCAAGUGUUUUGGUUUGGGUCUUUAGUUUGAUUAUGGCAGUUGUUUUCCUGUAAUUUGAUUUAAAUUGUUGUGUUAAUUUUCGUUUUGCUAA